UUUUUUCUUCGCCUUUCCGUCCAUUACGGUUCUUCGUCACCACUCUAUCCUUUUUAACCGGGACAACAUGGCAGCCUCAGCGGGACGUUACUACAGCGAGGACGGCAGGGCGACGAAGCGGCAGAAGACCGACGGAAUGUCCACGGGCUAUGAAGAUCCUCAUAAGACCCUUCCGUCGGUAGUGGUGCACGUCCGGGGGCUGGUGGACGGCGUCACAGAGGCCGACCUCGUGGAGGCUCUCCAGGAAUUUGGAGCCAUCAGCUAUGUAGUGGUGAUGCCUAAGAAGCGCCAGGCGUUGGUGGAGUAUGAAGACAUGAACGGAUCCUCCACAGCCGUGACGUACGCUGCAGACAACCAGGUUUACAUUGCUGGACACCCUGCGUUCAUCAACUACUCCACCAGCCAGAAGAUCUCCAGGCCCGGGGACUCGGACGACUCCAGGAGCGUCAACAACGUGCUCCUGCUCACCAUCAUGAACCCCAUCUACCCCAUCACCACGGAUGUCCUCUACACAAUCUGCAACAACUGUGGGCCUGUGCAGAGAAUCGUGAUCUUCAGGAAGAACGGCGUGCAGGCCAUGGUGGAGUUUGACUCUGUGCAAAGCGCCCAGCGGGCCAAAGCUUCACUCAACGGAGCAGACAUCUACUCUGGCUGCUGCACGCUGAAGAUCGAGUAUGCAAAGCCCACUCGCCUGAACGUGUUCAAGAACGACCAGGACACCUGGGACUACACAAACCCCAACCUGGGGGGCCCAGAUGGUGAUGCAGAUGGCAAUGGGAGCAGUUCAGAAGAUGUGAAUGCCAAUCCCAACAAGCGCCAGAGGCAGCCCGCCCUGCUGGGAGACCACCCUCCAGAGUACGGAGGUGGAUAUCACGGCUACGAUGACAGCUACGGAUCCCCGCCCUACGAGGGCCGCCGUAUGGGGCCGCCCAUGAGGGGGCGUGGAGGGCGGAGCUACGGCCCCGGGUACGGACCUCCGCCCCCGCCGCCCGGAGAGUACGGCGCUCACGCAGACUCUCCGGUGGUCAUGGUCUACGGACUGGAGCCGGUCAAGAUGAACGCCGACCGCGUCUUCAACAUCUUCUGUCUGUACGGAAACGUGGAGCGGGUGAAGUUCAUGAAGAGUAAGCCGGGCGCCGCCAUGGUGGAGAUGGGAGACUGUUACGCGGUGGACCGCGCCAUCACUCACCUCAACAACACCUUCCUGUUCGGACAGAAGCUCAACGUGUGUGUGUCCAAGCAGCAGGCCAUCGUGCCGGGUCAGUGCUACGAGCUGGAGGACGGCUCCAGCAGCUUCAAAGACUUCCACGGCUCCAGAAACAACCGCUUCACCUCCCCGGAGCAGGCCGCCAAGAACCGCAUCCAGCACCCCAGCAACGUGCUGCACUUCUUCAACGCCCAGCCGGACGUCACCACGGAGAUCUUCACUCAGAUCUGUGAGGAGAUCGGUGUCAAGAACCCCGUCAACGUGAAAAUGUUCACCGGGAAAAGUGGCGCAGCUCCCAGUGACCGCAGCGCCUCAGGGCUGCUGGAGUGGGAGUCCAUCAACGACGCCAUGGAGGCGCUGGCCCUGAUCAACCACUACCAGAUGAAGAACGCAGGAGGUCCGUACCCAUACACCCUCAAACUGUGCUUCUCCACCGUUCAGCACGCCAACUGAGCCCCGGAGGACCGCCACCCGCCAUUCCCAAGUUCACGCUCAAAUCGACCAUGAAUGCAGAAAAUACACCGGGGUCAAAGUUCAACAGCUCACCGGCUCAAAUGCGACCUUCCAGAGUUCAGUUGACCCUGUAAUUGUUUUGUAAUUGGUACAAGAGGCAGACCUGUCGUGUUUUGAUACGUGAGCCCCGCCUGUGGUUUGUAGACUUUCAGGUUUUGGUUUUUUUUUUUUUUGUUUUUUUUUUUCUUUGUGUGUGUGUUCGGCGUUGAGUUGACCUUCUGACUUUUUGUACGGAGCUCUUGAGGAACCUGUCAGAGUUUCUGAAUCAGGCAGUUUGAUGCUGGCUCGACUCGCCCGCAGUGAACGUGACGCUUUUGUAAACUUUUAGGAUACAGCCUUUUUAUUUGAAACGCCGCCCGUCGAGUCCUGCGUCUCCGUCUGAUCUGCAGGCAGGAGAGGGUUUUUUGUUCAAACAAAAUAAAUUAAACCAAAAACUAAAGCUGCU